UUUCUGAAACCCAAAAUUUCUGGGUUUUUACAAUUGGCCCGGCCCCACGCAAAUUCCAGAUUUUCUCCCAAUUCCCUCUUUUAGUUCACUCCCUCCUUGUUGCCCGGAGUCUGGACCAGAGCCUCUCCGUCCAAGCUUCCAUCGCCGAAUUCUUGACUCUUCUUUGCUUCUGAUCUGCUCGGAAAACCGACGGCUACGGCUUUCCGGCGAGAAAUCGAAGGAACAGAGAUCGUAUGGAGAGGUUUCUGAAGGACUUCGAAGUUGAGCACAAACAUCCUUCCGAGGAAGCCUUGAGGCGGUGGAGAUCCGCCGUCUCCGUCGUCAAGAAUCCACGGCGGAGGUUCCGAAACGUUGCAGAUCUCGUCAAGCGCUCCGAGGCCGAGAAGAAGAAGCUCAAAAUCCAGGAAAAAAUUCGAGUGGCUCUUUAUGUUCAGAAGGCAGCAUUACAGUUUAUUGAUGCCGUGCAUCGAGAUGAGUACCAUCUGUCAGAUGAGGCUAGAAAUGCUGGUUAUAAUAUUCAUCCAGAUGAACUUGCAUCCAUAGUCCGUAGUCAUGAUUUCAAGGCAUUCAAAUUCCAUGGUGGUGUCGAAGGACUUUCAAGGAAAGUUUCUGUCGCACUGGAUGCAGGCGUUAGUGAAAAGGACGUGUCCAAGAGACAAGAGAUUUAUGGUUAUAAUCGUUACACAGAGAAACCUUCCAGAUCCUUUUUGGUGUUUGUAUGGGAAGCAUUACAUGACUUGACAUUAAUUAUCCUAAUAGUUUGUGCACUAAUUUCUUUAGGCGUUGGAAUCGCCACUGAAGGAUGGCCGAAGGGGACAUAUGAUGGUUUAGGAAUCCUACUCAGUAUACUAUUGGUCGUCUUGGUUACUUCUAUUAGUGAUUACAGGCAGUCUUUGCAGUUCAAGGAUCUUGACCGGGAGAAGAAAAAAAUUUAUGUUGACGUCACUAGGGAUGGGCUAAGGAAAAAAGUUUCCAUUUAUGACUUGGUCGUUGGAGAUAUUGUUCAUCUAUCCAUUGGAGAUCAGGUUCCUGCUGAUGGGGUUUUCAUAUCAGGAUAUAGUUUGCUAAUUGAUGAGUCCAGCUUAUCAGGUGAGAGUGAACCAGUAAAUAUAGACGGGGAGAAGCCAUUUCUUCUUUCAGGAACCAAAGUGCAAGAUGGAUCUGGAAAAAUGAUGGUAACAACAGUUGGCAUGAGAACUGAAUGGGGAAAAUUGAUGGAAACCCUCAGCGAGGGAGGAGAAGAUGAGACCCCACUGCAGGUGAAGCUGAAUGGUGUAGCAACUCUUAUUGGUAAAAUUGGUUUAACUUUUGCUGUAUUGACAUUCCUAGUGAUGACAGGAAGGUUCCUCUGGGAAAAAGCUGCUCAGCAUCAAUUUACCAGCUGGUCUUCAAGUGAUGCACUUAAACUCUUGGAUUUCUUUGCCAUUGCUGUUACCAUAAUAGUCGUCGCAGUUCCUGAAGGAUUACCAUUGGCAGUGACAUUGAGCCUUGCAUUUGCUAUGAAGAAAUUGAUGAACGAGAGGGCACUUGUUAGGCAUCUGUCUGCAUGUGAGACGAUGGGUUCAGCUAGUUGCAUUUGCACAGAUAAGACAGGGACGUUAACAACAAACCAUAUGAUAGUUAGUCGUGCAUGGGUCUGUGAAAAAUUCAUGGAGAAUAAAGGCCUUGAGAGUGUAGACAAAUUAAAAUCAGAGAUCUCUGGAGAUGUUUUAGGCCUACUUUUGCUGUCCAUAUUUCAAAAUACUAGCUGCGAAGUGACUAAAGAUAAAGAUGGGCAGAACUCAAUCGUUGGUGGAACACCGACAGAAUCAGCGCUAUUAGAGUUUGGCUUGCUUUUGGGUGGGGAUUUUCAUGCCCAACGUAUAGAAUAUAAGAUACUUAAGAUUGAGCCUUUCAAUUCUGUUAGGAAGAAGAUGUCUGUACUUGUGGCUCUUCCUAAUGGUGAGGUCAGAGCUUUUGUCAAAGGUGCAUCUGAAAUAAUACUAAGUCUGUGUGAUAAGUUUGUUGAUUCCAAUGGAGAACUUAUUGACUUGACGGAAGAGAAGGUAAAGAAUGUUACAAACGUUAUCAACGGUUUUGCCAAUGAAGCUUUGAGAACGCUAUGCUUGGCCUUCAAAGAUAUGGAGGACCCGAAUGACAAAUCUAUUCCAGAUGCUGGAUAUACAUUAGUUGCAGUCGUUGGAAUCAAGGAUCCUGUUCGCCCGGGGGUCAAGGAUGCUGUUAAAACUUGUUUAGCAGCUGGAAUAACUGUGCGUAUGGUCACUGGUGACAAUAUCAAUACGGCAAAGGCUAUUGCUAAAGAAUGUGGCAUACUUACAGACGACGGUUUAGCUAUAGAAGGACCAAAUUUCCGCAAUUUAUCUCCAGAGCAGAUGAAGCAAGUUAUACCAAAACUCCAGGUGAUGGCUCGGUCCUUGCCAUUGGAUAAAUACACACUGGUUAACAAUUUGCGAAGUACAUUUGGCGAGGUCGUUGCAGUGACCGGAGAUGGGACCAAUGAUGCUCCUGCUUUGCAUGAGUCAGAUAUUGGACUAGCUAUGGGCAUUGCUGGGACAGAGGUGGCCAAGGAAAAUGCCGAUGUCAUCAUAAUGGAUGACAAUUUUUCAACAAUUGUAAAUGUUGCGAGAUGGGGACGUGCGGUUUACAUUAACAUACAAAAGUUUGUGCAGUUUCAGCUAACAGUUAACAUCGUUGCUCUAGUGAUCAAUUUCGUUUCUGCUUGCCUCUCAGGGUCUGCUCCGCUCACUGCUGUUCAGUUGCUUUGGGUGAACUUGAUUAUGGACACUCUUGGUGCUUUGGCACUUGCCACAGAGCCUCCAAACGAUGGACUUAUGCAGAGACCCCCAAUUCCCAAGGGCGUCAGCUUUAUCACCAAGGCCAUGUGGAGGAACAUUAUUGGUCAAAGUGUCUAUCAGCUCGCUGUUCUUGCGGUUCUUAACUUCGCCGGAAAGCAACUUCUUGGACUCGGUGGAUCUGAUUCCACAAUAGUCCUCAACACUUUGAUAUUUAACUCAUUUGUGUUCUGCCAGGUAUUUAACGAAAUUAACAGCCGUGAGAUAGAGAAGAUCAACAUCUUCCGAGGGAUGUUCUCGAGCAGGAUAUUUUUGGGAGUAAUGGUAUCCACAGUGGGUUUCCAAGUAAUUAUUGUUGAACUGUUGGGUGCUUUUGCAAGCACUGUGCCUUUGAGCUGGGAACUGUGGGGACUGAGUGUGUUGAUUGGAUUUGUGAGCAUGCCAGUUGCAGUUGUGUUGAAGCUCAUUCCUGUUCAUAGAGAAGAAGCAAACACAGGGCAUCAUGAUGGCUACCAACCACUCCCCUCUGGCCCAGAAUUGGCUUGAAACUCAAGGCAGAAGAAGGGAUUUGCAUUUGUUUUUGAGAUAUAUGAUAAAAUGGACUUUUGUUUAAGGUGGGGGUGCCAUCACAAUUUUUUUUUGUCUCCUUCACAAAACAAUAUUGGUCUCUCUUUUUUGUGAAAAUUCAUAGUGGUUGUGUUAAUUAUUACACUUUCUCUCUCUCUAUCUCUCUCUUUCAACUGCUGCAUCUGCAAAGAAACAAUAAAGGGAUUUUGCUAGUUCUCUUUCUCUC